CCCGACGUGCCGGGCGCCGAACCCCAACGGGCCAACGAGCUGCUGCUGCUGCCGCCGUCGCCAACGCCCGCGGGGGAGGGGCCGGGCCAGCCGCCGCCUCAGCCCCAGCAUCACGUCGUGUACUUCCCGGGGGAUGUGCAGAACUAUCAUGAUGUUAUGUCCAGUCAUCCAGAAAACUUUCAGUGGGAGCACUGGAGUUUUGAAAAUGUUGCUACCAUUCUUGCUCACCGAUUCCCUAAUAGUUUUAUUUGGGUUGUGAAAUGCUCCCGUAUGCAUCUGCACAAAUUCAGCUGCUAUGACAAUUUUGUGGCAAGCAACAUGUUUGGAGCACCAGAACACAGCACUGACUAUGGAGCCUUCAAACACCUUCAUGCAUUACUAGUUAAUGCAUUCAAAGUCUCUCAGAACAUUUUGCUGUCCCAGAAGACCACGUAUGGUGUCCACAAAGAUGCAAAGAUAACUGCUUGUAAAUCUCAGUCUGCUCUUACUUCAAAUGGCUGCCCAGUGGUAGAGAAAGAGAGAAACGGUGAAAUUUCUGGUAACUGCACUUUGAGUUUUGGUACACCAACUAUUACAGGUGCAGCAUCUUUCACUUUGGUUGGCUUCAGCAAAGGCUGUGUGGUUUUGAACCAGUUGCUUUAUGAGCUAAAGGAAGCUAAAAAGGACAAGAACACAGAUGCCUUCAUAAAAAACAUAAAAGCAAUUUAUUGGCUGGAUGGUGGUCACUCUGGAGGAAGCAGUACUUGGGUUACUCACCCGGCAGUCUUGAAAGAAUUUGCCCAGACAGGGAUUGCAGUUCAUGCUCAUGUUACACCUUACCAAGUGUUUGAUACAAUGAGAUCAUGGAUUGGGAGAGAGCAUGAGAAAUUUGUAGAGACCCUUGAAGAAUUUGGUGUACAAGUCAAUGAUGAGCUUCAUUUUGCAGAUGAAAUCCCUUCCUUAGAUAACCACUUCAGAGUUCAUGAAGUAUUUUGAGAAGUCCUUGCGAAAGCACUUUUAACGUUGUGAAUCUUGUAACUAAUUACAAUUUGUUUUGAAUUGCGUUUCUGGAGAAUACUAGAUCCAUUAUGUUUUGCUAAUAUUUACUGGGUAUAAAUUCCAGGCCU